AGAGAGGCGAAAAGGGGGCUGGCUUGUGGAGUUAUGGUCCCGGCAGAAUAAACCCGUUUUAGCAUUUGUAGUUUUAGUAUUCCUCGGUCGGUGGAAAGCGAGACUAAGGCCCACCACGGGAAAGAGGUCUAUUUAUAUUUGCAAGCCGUGCUACUCUCAAUAAGGGACGAGAAGCCCAUUCCGGAGGUGCUACUUUAAUUUUUAUUCUUUUUUCUUUUCUUUUUUGCUUUAAACUCUCGGAACGGACGUCAGAAGUGCGUACUGAUUCCAGCAAAAGUUGCGUCGAAGAGCCAGAGGAGGCGACAUGGUGGAUUACUAUCAAAUCCUCGGAGUGUCCAAAACAGCCUCUCAGGAAGACAUCAAGAAAGCGUAUAGAAAGCAGGCGCUGAGAUGGCAUCCAGACAAGAACCCAGACAACAAGGAGGAGGCAGAGAGGAAGUUCAAAGAACUGGCUGAGGCCUAUGAAGUCCUGUCUGACAAGAGCAAAAGAGAGGCAUACAACACCUAUGGGAAUGAGAGGAUGCGACACAGAGGUUCCUCCAGUUCUCCAACAGAUUUCCCGUCAGAUUUCCCAGGGUUCACCUUUACAUUCCGCAGCCCAGACGAGGUGUUCCGAGAGUUCUUCGGGGGCCAGGAUCCCUUUGCUAGCUUCUUCGAUGACUUCUCAUCCUUUGGAGGUGUCCAUGGUCAUGGUUUCCAUGGACACUCAGGAUCCUCUCGUCUUGGCCCAAGUCGAUUCUUCUCUUUUCCCUCAUCAGGAGAUUUCACUUCCUUCUCUUCUUCGCUGGGGGGUAUGGAUGGGAUGGACAGCAUGGGAGGAGGGAUGGGCAACUUCAAAUCUGUCUCUACUUCCACUCGUAUUGUGAAUGGCAAACGCACCACCACCAAGAAGAUCAAAGAAAAUGGGCAAGAAAGAACAGAGAUUGAGGAGGAUGGGGUACUGAAGACUGUUCUUAUUAAUGGCGUGGAGGAUGAGAUGGCCCUAGCCUUGGAGCUGAGCAGACGAGAGCAACAGCCCUCCUCCCGUCAGUCACCACACCAGCCCCGCCUCCAGCAAUCCAGACCGCCCGCUGAGCCUGACAGGUCCCGCUCCAACCCUCAUUCUGCAGCUGCACAACGGUCAUAUAGCUCCGCUCCUUAUUUCCAUUACAGUGGGGUAGGGGGAGAAAGUGAGGAAGAUGAAGAUGACGAAGAUCUGCAGAUGGCGUUAGCAUGCAGCCUGUCAGAAAUGGAGGCCCAACAGAGAGCGGCCUCAACCACGGCGACCGACUUCAUCUCAGGUGCUGGGGGUGGGGUCAGAAUCAUGAUUGAUAGGACUGGGGGCAAUAAAGGAGGUGUGACUGUCAACAUUGUUAAAAACCAGAGCACAGCGGAUAGUGGAAAUACAGGGAAAGAUGUGAAAGGUGGAGGUUUUAAGAAAGGGCAGGUAAAACCAGGCUCAGGUCCUUUAGCUCAGGGGGUGGAUGAGGGGGAGGUAGUUGUUGUUCUCCCCAGGGAACCAGGGGUCUUGUCUGCGAAGCAGGUAGAUCAUAGUCCCCCAGAUACAGUUGCACCCACUGCGACCAAUACAACUCCACAAAAGCACUAUGGUGGAAAUUGUGAACCUGCUCCAAGGAAAAAUGAUGCUAGAGAGAAAAAGAAAAAGAAGUGUAGGUGUAUUGUGUGCUGAUACCAUUUGAUUUUCCGUGUGUGUGUGUGUGUGUGUGUGUGUGUGUGUGUGUGUGUGUGUGUGUGUGUGUGUGUGUGUGUGUGUGUGUGAGCAUGUUUCAGCAUGUAUUGUUUUCCUCCAUAAUACCCAACUGAUCCUUACAAUAAUGCUGUAGAUUGUUUGCCAGGGAUUGGUAUAGUGCCUCUAAUAGUCACAAGAUUUUUACAUACACUAACCUGUAAAAAGAAUGUUGAAUCCAUCUUGAUAAAAAAGUGUUAUUGCGUUGCUUUUGCUAGUGUCAACUCGUUGCAUAUGCUGCAUGAAGCAGAGAGCUAAAAUAUUGUUUGUAAAUGGAAAUAUUGUAUAGUUUUUAUAAGGUAAGACAAUGCAGGCCUAUUGAAUUAUCUGUGAGUUUACAUUUGCCAAUUACAGUUUGUUUAGAUUACAAGGAACUGAAUUGGAUGAAGAGAUUCAGAUGCAGAAAAAAAAUAUGGAUAAUUUAACUUAGUUAAAUCAAAUGAGGGAUUCUAUUGUCUUUAAAGUUUUAGGUAUGGUUUGUGCACAUACAAUACAGGCAUGCAUGCAUUUAUAUGUGUGCGUGUGUGUGUGUGUGUGUAUGUGCAUAUCUGUGAGUGUGUAAGCGAUUUCUGUGUGUCCUGUGUCAACACUGUAUAUCUGUGCAUAAGCGUUUGCCUUUCUGGGUUAGUUCAGACCCUGUUAUGGAAUGUUUCCCAUACAGGCCAUCCUUGUUUUGUCCAGCAAUGAGAAUGUGUCACUCUUAUGUCAUAGCACCGUGUUUUAGUUAGAUUGGUUUCAGCUGGGGUGUCCAGGUGGCGUGGCGGUCUAUUCGCCGGUUCGAAUCCCCAUGUUACCUCCGGCUUGGUUGGGCGUCCCUACAGACACAUUUGGCUGUGUCUGCAGGUGGGAAGCCACAUGUGGGUAUGUGUCCUGGUUGCUGCAUUAGCGCCUCCUCUGGUUGGUCAGUGUGCCUGUUCAGGGGAGAGGGGGAACUCGGGGGAAUAGUGUGAUCCUCCCACGCGCUACGUCCGUCUGGUGAAACUCCUCACAGCAGCUGACGAAUCCACAUGUAUCGGUGGAGGCAUGUGGUAGUCUGCAGCCCUCCCCGGAUUGGCAGAGGGGGUGGAGCAGCAACCGGGAUGGCUCGGAAGAGUGGGGAAAUUGGCCAAAUACAAUUGGGGAGAAAAAGGGGGAAAAAUCCCCCAAAAAAAAAGUCAAAGAAAAAAAAUAAGAUUGGUUUCAACUAAGCCCAAUGUUACUAAAACAAUGGGUCAUGCCUUGUUCUGUUUGGUCUCAACAUGACAAGAGGACUGUUUGUGAUUUGAUUGAUAUCAUCCCCAGUUUGAGAGUAAAACUUUAAGGAAAACUUUUAGUUGCAGUGCCAGAAUCUUUGCAUUAAUUAUUAUUUGUUAAAAAAACCCAAAACAAAACAAAAAAACCCUUGGCCCUACAAUGGUUUUGCAAACUGCCCAGUGUCAACACUUUCUGCCCAUUGCCUCCAGUCCUCCAUGAUACUGAUCUUGACUAAGCAGAUAUAGAAAAUUAAUGAGAGAAUCAAUAAAUUGAUGACAAUUCUUGAUAGCUCUUACCGAGCAACUGAUAUUGAUCUCCAAAACAUCUAAGGUUGCAAAAGGUCUCUUUGAGCCACAGUAGAAUGCAGAAUACACAAGCUGGCCCCCUGACUGCACAGUCACCAGGCUAUAGUGGAAUUUGGCACACACAAUACAGACAGACAGCGUUGCUCUAAUGGAACAGUCAAGCGUUCAUAAUGUAGCACACUGUUAAUAGUAAGGAAACUGAAUUCAGGCAGUGUUGCAAAAUCUUGCCAAUAGUCUAAAUGUGACAACUUUUUAAGUAAAGUAUUGUCAUUUAGCAUAUGCUCAAAAAACACUAAACAGACAGAAUCUAAAAUUAGUGAUAGUCUUUGCUUUGUAGAUAUACCUGAUAUGAAUACUACCUUUAAUUGAGCUUUGAAAGUGAAGCUCAUUAAAUGCAAGGUAGCAUUUUGAUUAGCUCAUUUGGGUUCAGGGUCAACCAUUGUUCAGAUCAAACAGAGCUUGGUGAAUGUACUGUUUAAUGGAGAGGAGCAAAGGUUUUAUUCACUCGAAUUAGAGAAUAUAGCAUUGUCCUUUGCACAGCAUCUGUGAUGACAGGGCAAAGUAACAUUAAAUAAUAAUAUGACUAUUUUAUUUAACAUCCAUUUUGGUGCCUUUUUUGCAUGCGUUUACAGUGAUCUACUAUGCAUACACUGCCAUUCCAAAUUUCCAAAUGUGCAAAGUCCAAAAGGAAAGCGUCUUGUCAGUUUUUAGUGCCAUGUAUUUUUGUAGAGCUACAGUGCCAAAGGUACUUUGUCAGGUUCGGGACUAGCCUUUGUUUUUGACCAGGAUACCAUUGCCCCUCUGCAGCAAGUCAGAGCAGCCAUUUUGAAUUGAUUUAAACUGAAACGAAUACAUCCCUUGUGUGGUUGGUACAGGGACUCAGUGGUUUGUAUUGCUAUAUGGAGUUUUUGUGUUCUCCAUGUCUUUGUGUGGGUGACCUCCCACAGUCUAGUCCCUGAUGGUAUACGCUCUGGUCCCACAACCUUCAACUGGAUUGAGCAGGUAUAGAUGUCGAGUAAGACUCCAUUCAUAUAUUCAUUUCAAUUUGAUUGGGGACUUAAAAUUGUGGCGUUUAUCAAGAAUGCACAAUCCACCAUGGAAUUUAAUAAAUUGCGUGUUGUUGAUGCCAACAUUUGCCAGUAAAGGACUAACUUCUCUUAUCCUAUUUACCAUGAAAACAUGGUUAUAAUCAUGGCGUUUGGUUGUAAUAUCUAGCCAUGACUCAAUAUUGGCUGCCUAUGUAUCCUGAAGAAAUUAGAAUACAUCACUUGGUUAAAUUAGGUUUAAAAGCUCACAACUAAUGCCAAAAGUAUUAAUCAAUAUAUUAAUGAUAUUAAUGAUAUUUAAGUGGACUGAAAGAAUGUGAGUGAAUAAAAAAAAAUUGUACUUGACAAAAUUGCGAUGUUAAAUCUUUAAACUUUGUCAUAGAGUUACAGGUAGUGACUUUGAAUGCCAAGAUUAGAUUACUGCUUAGAUGGAUGAAGAGUCACUGGAACAACAGGGAUAGUGGUUUGUCGGCACAUAUUUCCCCGCUUUAUGCUCUGCACCACAGAAGGGCAGCCAAGACAAAUGGGGUCCUAUAUGAAUAAGGAUAUAGCCCUUCAUGUAGUUAUUGGCGUUAUGUGCAGGAAUGCCUUUUUCCUUAAAUGUGUGCCCAUGCCCAAAAAAUGUCUGCACACAGUCCUAGCUGUGUGGAGAAGAUGCAUCAAUGCUAUAGUGGGAAGCUACCCAGCUCAUCUCUAUAUAAUUACAGAGGCGCAUGUGUCAGUGUGUGUGAAUCAGAAAGACAGAGCAGCAAACUCUUUGACCCUGCCCUCGGCUGUUUAGUAAAUGUUACCAUGGUGAGGCUGGAGAUGACCCAAGCUAUCCUUUAUGCUGCCUGUACACACACACACACACACACACACACACACACAAUGUCACACUAACAACUGUCCAAUUGAAUGGCUGUUUUCAAUGCCGAAAUGAUAUAAUGGGCAUCAUUCAUCAAUUGUUUGUAUGCACAAAUUUGUUCUUACACACCCAUGGGAUUUUGUAGCCCUGACGUUUGUCUCAGAGGCCAGUGUAGAACCUGGGUAACCCAUGAAUUUAGACACCAAUUGGCUAACACUGAUGUCUUUGCAAGCCUGGGUGAUUGGUCGUAGCAAGAGGUAGAUCAUAGAUGUUAGGGGAAAGGAAUUACAAAUAGCCAUCAGACUUUGCCGCUGUCUGUCAGACAAACUAGAGGGCUAAACAAUUCCAUGGGUGUGUAAGAACAAAUUUGUACAUACAAACUAUUGAUGAAUGAGGCCCUUUGUGAGUAUACACUAAUGAUAUAAUGAGUUUAUGAUUUCAUUGGCAAUACAUUUUACAAUGGAGAGAGAAGAGUAUGGCGCCAAAAAGGGUUAGAUGGAUAAUACACGCAGCCAUAUAAUGAGAUGGCAAACAAGAAAAAGCAAAAAGAAAAAAAAUUGGCUUGUUGGUCAGUCUGCACAUGACUGAAAGCGAUUUGAGAAAAGCCAGUUGGUGUCUCAAAGAACUCGCAUUUUUGUUUUACUAUGUUAUGCUAUUGAGUGAAAUUAUAACCUUUGCUCUGACAGUGUUAACGAUUCGUUUUCGUUUUUUUUCCUUCUUUGCUGCUGUACAAGGACACAAAAGUUCCAAUGCGCAUCUCGUAACAGUGUCUUAUAGCCAAGUCCGUGCUGCUUUUCUGUACUAUUGUGAUGUAUUACUGUUCAUUGACCUGGUUAAAUUGAAAUGUUUGAAAUGUCCGCUUGAGUUAGGUCUCAUGUUCUUAUUUUACACUAACUAGCUUUCACAGUAAUUGCCAUCACUAGCAAAAAGCAAGCAUAUUUACACUUGGACUAUAUUAAGACAUCCAAACCAUUUCAGAUCAAUUUAGUCCUGGUCCAGUAGUUGUCUUCUUCCAACUGUUAUUUGUGAAUGUGGAAAGACACUGAGACAGACAGGGAGAAACGGCGUGAAUAUUGCAGUGUGUUAUAAUUGUACUUCAUUGAACUGGCUUGUUUUGCUGUUUCUUUACUUUCGAGUUGUUAAAAGGGAAAUAACAGAAAUAAAACCAACUAAAAGGAGAGAUGCAAUAUUUGAAUUAUUUUAGAAAAACGUGACAGAAAUGUGGCGGUGUUUCAUUAUUAUUUUUCCAACAAUCAACAAUAAUUUUCUGUUCCUUCCUCUAACUCUUUCUUAUAUGAUCAGUAUCGUUAUGGCUAAAUUUAGUUCUUUUUUCUUUCCAAAAUUAAUUGUGAACUUAUUGAAAAGUAUGCUUCACAAAGGAAUAGAAAUAUUUCAUGUAUAACUCUGUGUGCACCGAUGAGUUUGUGUCGACAUUAAGCUACCAAUGAAAAGAUCAGGUUUGGGUUGGCUCAAAUU